UAGACUGUGUGUGUGUGUGUGUGUGUCUAUGUGUGAGUGUGUCUGUUGGUGUCUAUGGGUGUGAUUGUCUACCUGUGUGUGUGUGUGUGUGUGUGUGUGUGUGUGUGUGUGUGUGUGUGUGUGUGUGUGUGUGUGUGCGUGCGCACAAUGUGUUUGACGUCUGUAGGUGGAACUGGAAUAAAAGGUUGUGGACUGGUGGAAAUAAAGCAAAGAAAACUGGAGUGAAAGUUUUCAAAGGAACUGUCAGAGUUUCUGUGUGUGUGUGUGUGUGUGUGUGUGUGUGUGUGUGUGUGUGCGCGCGCGCGCGCGUGCGUGCGUGCGUGUGCGUGUGGGCUUGUCCUUCCUUGUCCUUUAUGUGGCUACACUACGCUGGCCUCAUUCAGACCUUCAACUAAGUGUUGCUUUCGUGCUCCGCGACUCCACUGACUCCAACCCAACACAUUCUCACUUCGACCUCGUCACACAUAAGCAUUUGGUCAUGGACUUUCCACGUCCAGAAAGGUAUCCUAGGUAUGUUGUUGACGUUCUGGGACACUGUGUCAAGUUCUACCUGUUACAUGUAUUGCCUUCUUUCAAAAUAUACUUCCGUUUUCACAGGAAAUUUACCGUUUACAUACAGUCUCUUUCAAAAUAAAAGUACAACAUCAGUUUUUUUUUCUUCCACAGCAAAAAUACAUGGUUAGGUUUAGGAAAAAUUUACAGGGUUUGGCUUUAGAAUCUUAUGGGAGGCAAACACCACUCUCUUGGGUGAAAGUCAGUGUUUUUUGGACCCGUCACCAGCCCCAGUCGGACUUUUGCCACCUUAACUUUCAUCCUUGUUCUGCCGCGUUUACCCCUGAUGCUGCAACUGGCCGCGUAUCAUGUGUUAAAAGACACCAUUUUUUUUUGUUGGUUUGUGACGCCACAAGUCACUGCCCAAGCGCCAGAUUUUGACGACUUAGGAGUGAGAUUGGGCUCUCCGACCCUAAAAGUAUAUUGUUGAUGUGUAAAUACUCACUUUUAUUAUUGUGUUCGUCUCAUGAUACCUCAUGAAUUUGGGUUUGGUUAAAGCAUUUGGAUGCUCCUUUCUGUGUAUACAGAAUGAAAGAGGAGGUAUCUGCAGACUAAUACACACUAAAACAUUCAUUUGGAUGGUUAGGAUGAAGCAUUGAGCCAAAAAAAGAAGUGUUACCAGCUGAGUCUUUGGCUACGUUACUACUGCAAACAGCAAAAGUGUCAAACGUCAGAUUUUUCAUGUGUCCCUAAGUCAGAUACAGGUCUGAUUUUUUUCUGCAAUGCGACCUCUGAGUCUGAACAGUCAUAUUGUAAUUUAUGGGACUUUCAUGCUACACUAGAUCGGCGUUCGUCACAAUUCUGUGCUAGCAGGAGUCACUUGGUAAAUACAAACACAUUAUCAACAUUAGACAUCCUGAAAUUCUAGAUGAAAGCUGUUUCAGUGAAGCCAUUCACGUCACGAUUUCUCCACUCCUACCCCCGACUCCACAUCCACACACAUCUCUGUACAGAAGUGGCAGCCAUUGCUCCUCAGAAAGCCAUAAUUAAAUACUUAGCUCUCUUUCUCGUCAUCCUUGUCCUUGUUAUCAUCUGCUCACGCUGGCUCACGCUGCACAUUUACUCACCCUAAACACUGACUUUAGUGGCCUCCAUGUUUGCUUCUAGCAUGUUGUGUGUAACGUCUUUAUAAUUGUUCUUUUGCGCAAGCCAGUCAGUCCAGAACCGUGACCAGCUCACUAAAGUCUGAUCUGAGUAUUAAAUCCAAAUUGAGUACUAAGGCUUGCAUCAAAUAGUCCUAACAAAUUAAAACAUGCAGCUGUCAGUCUGUAUCUCUGCCUAUCUCAGACUUCACUACACUACACACACAGUACAGAUACUGACUUUACAUACUGAUAGAGACAGCACACAGGACCAGUUCCUACGGUAAUGAGAAAAGGCGAGCAGCUCAGGUGGCCUGCUGAGAGUUGUACCGACAACAUUUUAUGAAUCAUUCAUUCUGUGUUCAUUCUUAAACACAGAACAACAUGAUGACACUCGGAAAUCACAGGAAUUCAAAUGUAUAACCAGACGAACCCGAGAGCCUGUUCUGUAAGUCUGCAUACAGCUAAUGAGAAAGACAUGACUGACAAAACUGUCCCACUCCUCAGAAAAACACGUCAUUACUACACCGUUGUUGUCUCAUUGUCUUCUGUGAUGUGGCCAAAGGGGAAAGUGUUUGGUUUGGAGAAGGGAGUCUUUUUCUGAGAUCAUUGAAAAUAGCAAAUUUGGGCUUAAUCUGCAUGAGAGUGCACCCAGUGCCUUAGACAGCUAUGUAUGUUCCUUCCUGUUACUUGGACUGUUGUGUAACUAAAUGCUACAGAAGACACUUCAAACCUAUUUAAAGGCUUUAAUGGCUUGUUUACAUCUGUUGUAUCCGCUAGCAUUGGAACUCUUUUAUAGAAACUGUCUUGAAAUAUGGUGGCAUCUGAAAAGUGGGAAUAGAUUUCAACUUGUCAUGUGUGUAUGUACAGUAUAUAUAAACCAAUAGCUUAUAUGCUCUGCAGCUUGGAUGAUACCAGACUGUGUAGAUCGAUGCUGGAAGACAUUUGAAUGGUAAAAGUAGGGCUGUACCGAAUAUUUCAAAGCUUUGAGGCCUCAAAUUCUGAAUUAACGUUUGAAUGUUUUGCACAGUUUUUCUCCUUAAACACAGGUAUUUCUGCACAGUUACAGAUAAAGAUUAGCUUCACUAAUAUUAGUAGUAUUAUUGUAUUUGUAGAAUUAGAUUCCAGUGUUUCCAACUGUUGUGAAGUCCAGAAGUCCAAAUGUAUUGAAAAUAGAUAGAUGUAAUCAUAUCCAAAAUUCACAACAUAUUUGUAUCUAAUGAAAUAUUCCUCUUCAUUCUACAGUAGGCUCCUUUGUGACAUUGUUAUUGUGGUUACAGGCCCCAUCUUUGGCACAAUGAGUGACUGCUAGUCACACCGUAUUUCUGCACUAAGCUGUUCAAAUGUUGAGCAGAAAAAAAUGCAAACACUUUAAUUUAAAUGCAUUUCGGUAACUGCCUAUCAUGUUAGAGGUCAUGGGGGGCGGGAGCCUAUCCCAGCUGACAUUGGGUGAGAGGCAGGGUACACCCUGGACAGGUCACCAGACUAUCACAGGGCUGACACAUAGAGACAGACAACCAUUCACACUCACAUUCACACCUACGGGCAGUUUAGAGUCACCAGUUAACCUGCAUGUCUUUGGACUGUGGGAGGAAGCUGGAGCACCCGGAGAAAACCCACGCUGACACGGGGAGAACAUGCAAACUCCGCACAGAAGGGCUCCCACAUCAUGGGGUUUGAGCCCCACAGCCCUGGAUUUGAACCAGGAACCCUCUUCCUGUGAGGCAACAAUGCUAUCCACUGCAUCACCAUGCCACCUGUGCUUUUAUUAUUUCAUCAUAAUUUUUUGCCCUUACUGGAUUAGCCCGCUGCCUACAUGUAUUUAUACUGACAUAACCGAUGACUUAUAUUCAUAAAGAAAGUUGAUUUAAAAAAAAAACAAAACUAAUUCAUUUAAUUUGAAUCUGACGACAGACGUGCAGCUUAAUUUGAAAACCUCAGUAAAAGCUUUAAAUGGAAAACAAAUAGCAUUCGGUACAGCCCUAGGUAAAAGGUAUAUGCAAGUACAGGAAGGCUCCUGUCAGCGAGGAGGUGGUUCAGCUUUGAUGGUGUGCAAAGUGACUGUAUAAAUGCUAUAAUGGCUUGUAAUGCGAAGGUAUUAUUUCGAGGGCCUUGCUAUGUAAAAUAAUUCUCCAGUGCCUUUACAUUUAUUUCAUCCCUAAUGUUUACUUACUGCUGAUUAUUCUCACUUUAAUAAGAGUUUGUUCUCUGUAGAUCGUAAUGGUGUUGCAGUUUGAAAACAGCUGAACAUCUAGUGGCUGAAAUUUAUUUUGUGUGUUUUGCGUUUGGAAAAAAAAAAUAUCAUUCUAUAUUGUAGCUAAUAAAGUGAUUACGUUUUUUUCUUGUUUCCUUUUUUCUCUGUCUCUGGUGUCCCUUUCCUUCUUUCCUAUCUCCCCUUCUUCCUUAGUUCCUCCACUUUUUGCUCUUCCAGUUGUCUCACUAAAUCUGAGACACUCAGUGGGAAGGUCAGGUAUUUAUUCAGCCGUCAUGUAUCCUCUUCACCUGUCACGUUAAAUUGUCCCGCAACACAGUAGUCACUAUGUAUAAAAUGGCAGUCGAAUAAAAGCUCACAGGGACUAACUAACCACAUCCAGUCUGUAGUGUACAAGUGUUUAAUAUAAUUAAUAAUAAUUUGAUGUGUGACACAACAAACGUUAAUAAUGCACUGGGAUUUUGCAAGCUACAACACUGAUUUCACACACAAGCACAUUUCCUGAUCUUUUCCACAUAUCCACUAUAACAAACUUCAUCAUCAGCCCAAAUUAUAUAUUUGAAAUGCAUUGACUGUUAUCUGUUAUCUGCCAGUGACAGAUCCGCAACGCAUCAAUCCUCUGACCAAGUAUUGGCUUCACUCUCAGCCUUCAGUAGACUGAAUGAUGCAGGAGCCACAUCUGAUCACAUUGACCAACCAAGGCCACAAGCAUCAGACUCAUCAGCUAAUCAUAAAUGGCCAGAAGAGGGCGCUACAGCCCCCGACUAUGUCCUCAUUCCCAAACCUGGCAGCCUCUUUGAAUCUCAGCAUGAAGAGAACAAUACGUCAUCUGCAGCACCCCUUCACUUGGUUGCCGUCCCAGUGAUGUAUUCGAGUUCUGUCGACAUGUUUUGUCAAAUACAUCCGACCCAUUUGUCUAACAUGAACUAUCCAUUAGCUCCAGUGCUGGUGCCAUUAACAUACACAAGUUCAGUCCCAAGCCAGAUCCCAUCAUCUCAUGCCCAGAGGCCAGAUGACACUUCCCUUGAUGCAGUGUUUAUGCCAGCCAACAUCCCACAGUUUCUUGGAUCGAAUCCUGUUUAUACCCAAACUCCAGCAUCUUGUUUACCUGUUUCUAGUGUAUUACCUGCUCAAGGGUUAUACUUGUCACAUGGUGGCGACCUCUCAUUAGUCCAAAACCAAGCACCGGAGGCUUUGUCUGAUCCUGUCCCAGCUGCUGCAGAUAGUACAGCUACAGAGCCACCGAGCUUUCAACUGCCCACAGCUGAGAGCAGUUUCCCAGUGGCACCACUAGAGGGCAGCAAAGGCCCAGAAAAGUUGGAGUCCAGCAGGCGUUUGACUGAUGAUGAUAAGGAUGACCACAGAUUGUAUAGACAAGCUACCGCACAAACUCCAUCUGACCUUUCUCCUCAACACAGUUUCAAAGUCCAGGUCAAUACUGAUCGAGCACAUAUAUCAGCACGUCAUCAUGCACUUUCUACCAAACCAGUAAGGAGAGAGCUCCUGUCAAGUCCUCUAGACUUCCUUCCCAGAGCAGCUCCCUGUCCCCCUCCUCUCACCCCCAGUGCUCCCAAACAGCUCACACAAAAUACACAGCACCGCAAUCCAGAGCAAGCGAGAAAAACUUAUCAGAGCAGUCCGUGGCCUCCUGAGAAGGCAGUGUCACAGUCCUUAUUGGAUGCCCUGCUCAUCACUCCAGUAAGUCAAGCUCCGCCGCUACGCUUGAGGAAGAAGAAGAAGCGUCGUAGCGUCAGUGAGCUGCACCUGCCCAAGAACAAGAGGGUGUCUUGGCAUCAGUCUGCCACAGAAGAGGGGGACCCUCUCUUCUCUUCUCCCGUUGAUGCUGUCUAUGUCUUUAGUGAAGAGGGAGAGGAGCCGGAGCUCAACAGCCAUGAGUCUGCAGUUAUCAAGACCAUGACCAAAGGACCUGCAGCAAUUCGGGGUCACGGACCACAGGCUGGUUUGAUCACCCCAUCUUUCGGGAUGAAGGGUAAUGGAAGUGCCAGCGUCCCGAGGGGUCCUGUCCCAGCCCGACCUUUACCUCAGCCCCACCCUGAGGACACCUUGGUCCAGAUGGCAGAGCACAUCCCUGCUGGGACUCGCACGCCCAUGUGUGCCCACUGCAACAUGGUCAUCAGGGGGCCAUUUUUGGUAGCAAUGGGGAAAUCAUGGCAUAAGGAGGAAUUUAACUGUGCCCACUGCCGUACAUCCCUAGCGGAUAUAGGCUUUGUGGAAGAACGGGGAUCUGUCUACUGUGAACACUGCUAUGAAGAGUUCUUCGCUCCCACAUGCAGCCGCUGCCAGGCCAAGAUCCUUGGGGAGGUGAUAAAUGCCCUCAAACAGACAUGGCACGUCUACUGCUUUCUAUGCGCCUGCUGUCAGCAGCCGAUCCGAAACAACACCUUCCACCUGGAGGAUGGAGAGCCGUAUUGUGAACAAGACUUUUACAGUAUGUUUGGAACCGGCUGCCAUGGCUGUGAGUUCCCCAUUGAGGCUGGAGACAAGUUCUUGGAGGCCCUUGGUUACACCUGGCAUGACACCUGCUUCGUCUGCACAGUGUGCUGCACCAAUCUGGAAGGCCAGACCUUCUUCUCCAAGAAAGACAAACCUCUUUGCAAGAAACAUGCUCACACACUGAAGAUAUGAGUCUUGGACUUUUCUCAGAAUAUUCUAGCCAUACAUUCUCCUUUGGUCGAUGGGGUGGGAAGGCCUCUUAGUAGUUCAUGCAACAGUAAAACCCAAGCAAUACUUAGAAGCAUAGAGGUAAAAAUAAGGGAAACACUGCCAUGAAUGCAAAGUAAGCUUAUUCUUGUCCAGAGACCCAGAUCCAGUGUAAACAUAAUCUAAAAUACUCAUCUCUUGUGACUGUUUGACCAAUUUUAUUUGGAUUUUAUUUGCUUCUGCAUACAAAUGUAGAAGUUUUACUGCCAAAUGGUGCAGUGUAUGUCUACUACCAUGAGCAAUUACCAAAGUCAGACAUUUAAUACUGUCUAAAAUGUAGUGAUCGAAGUCUUUAUUUUUAAAUCCAGAGUUUUAAUCUUUAGUUUCUCAGAUGCAUCACAGUGAGAUCAUCACAUUUACCACUGAAAGCCAGUGUAAGCAGAGGCUCAGGUUACCUGUUAAAUCACGACACCUGCAAUUAGAUAGUACCAGAAAUGUGUGAAAAUGUAUUUUCAAACCCACACUAAAGGAAUUCAGACAGAGGAGAAUAUCUGACAGUUAGUUUUCUAAGCAGGUGUUUAUUUUUGUUUGUGUAGCUGUAAUUAAAUUUAAUAAUCUGAUCCGCAGCCAUUAAGACAGGUUCAAUAGAAUAUCAGCGAUCCAAUUCCCUGUGUCAAAUGUUGUUAUAUUUUGUUUUUGUGCUCUUUGCUUUAUGAGAAUCUACAUAAAAAAAGUGUUGGACUGUGCUUACAAGUUGUUUUAAUACUGUACAGGUGAGCUGGAUGUUGGGGGGGUGACGGUGAAACCUUUAUGUUUUUUAUUUCCUAUUUGUCGUGUGAAAUUUGUAACAAUGGCCAAAAUGUUUGAAUGAAUAGGCCAGAUUUAGUCACAUUCAACGGUGAAGCACUUGAUGGACAGAGAGAAAGAGGAGUAGUCUUGAUAUUACGGAGGACAGAACCGGCCCUAAAUAUAAGCUAAAUAAAUAAGUAUACAAACAAAAUAAAUAAAUGUAUAACAAAAUAUAUAGAGACUACCGUAUAUUAUGUAUAUCUUUGUUCUUCUAACUUUGAUAGAGUGACAUAUCUUGACAAUUGCAUUAUAUUGGCAGAAAUAUGUUUUCUAUACUAAGUGCCAUAUAGUUUAAUGAAUUCUAUUAAUAUUUUACUUAUUUUACCUCAUGUUAUUGUAUUUUAUAAUAAUUGCAUCCAUUUCCGGUUAAUUCAGUCCUCCAUGCUUCAUAAAAGUGAACAGCUCUUUCUGUCCUGCCCUGCAAGAAAACAUGGUUACUAUAAUCCUUGUGUAGUAAAUUGUGUAUUUUAUUUUGUCUAGAGGUGAGAAAUGUCUUAUCUAACGAUAUGUAUUUAACAUUUUGGGUGACUGGGAGCAGUGCAGGGAGCAGAUAGGGGGUUGUUAUUUCUCUGUUUUAAGUAUCUCCCUUCACUGUUCACUAACCGUCCCAACGUGCUGACUCUGAGAUAUUUACUUUUCAUUAUGGCUGAGGGGUACACAUGGUCACAAAUAUUUUCUUUAGUUUGCAAACACCAGAACAAAUGGCAGCAAAACACACUUUCACAUAAUUAUCAGUCAAGAAAGCUGGGUUUUUACUCUUCAGGGAUGAAAGGGGGUGAGUACAGUGUACAGCGGUAAUCAAACAAUUCUCACCUACAAAACUACAGUCGGAACGAUUAAAACUGAUCUGAGCUGUUAAAUAAAUGAUGUGCUUUUUAACCCCCAUGAGAAA